CGGUAUUGUUCAGCAAGAUACACAACCAUUGAACCCGUUCCAAAAGUUGGUAAACCAACAAUCAUAGAAGCACUAAUACUGCCAGUGAUCGUACCUUUUUCUAGAAGCGUCUUGUAAUUCAUUACCAAAAACCAAGCAAAAGCUUGCUGAUCUGUCCGAAACUACAUUGUUCUGGUGAUUGAUUGGUAUAUUCGACAGAAGCGGCAAUGGUCGUGGGAACAUUAUGACGACGAAAAGAGCGAGAUCCGAGCCCGUUUCGGCGGUAUCUACCUCUUUCGUGCGAAACAUAUCUUCGACAAUCCUGUUGAUGCUGCAUCUUACGUCUUCGAUGGUCUCGGUAGAACCAUUUAGUAUCUCUUCUCUCAAGCGACAUCAUUUUCACCGAGGACCAACAAAUAUCUCCCACUUGUUACAGACCACGCGACUCGAUACCAAACAGAACACCAAUCGCUAUCCAAACCUGUCGGUGCAAACAAUAGUCUCGGCGAAACCAACAGGAGUAUGGUCCUCUCCACCCCCGAGUUGGAACUGCAAAGCCUCCGGGAGAACGCCUACCGCACUCGGGAGCGGCAGCCUCGUGGCCGCUGGCGACCAGUGGGGGAACCUUUCCGCGCUUGCCGCGGUGUCAGUAGCCUCCCAACGGCUCGGUCGCUCGACCCGCGUGGGUAGGCUGCUGGGAGCACCCGUGACGGCCAUGGCCCUGACCUUUUUUCUAGCCAGCGUCGGGGUGCUGGCACAAGGUGGGACGCCCACCUCCAGGAGCCUGCAGACGAUGGCCAUCCGCUUUGCAACUCCGUGGAUUCUCCUGGGGGCUGAGUUCGGCACUAGUGGCGGUGACGAGCUGGUUGAAGCUUCGUCCUCCUCGUCGUCGACGUCGGUAGCCCCACUCGUUGUUGGUUUCGGUCUGGCCUCCCUAGCGACCCUGGCCGGAGGAUGCAUCGGAUGGAACCUGGCGGGGGGGGCCCUGGUGAGCUGCGCACUGGGUGGCCACGACGGAUUGGCGAUUGCCUCCGCGCUGCUGGCCAAAAACAUCGGGGGUGGGAUCAACUACGUUGCCGUCUGUGCAGCACUCGAGGCGAGCCCCGAAGCGAUCGCCGUGGGGCUGUGCAUCGAUAACAUCGGAGCACUCGUCUACUUUCCGAUUUCCAAUCUUCUGGCCAGCCGAUAUCCAGACGUUACCGACAGCAAUGCUUCCCAAACCAACAGCGAGGCCCGGAACGAUAGUGGCCAGAACAAGGACAGUGGUGUUGCUUCUGCCGCCGUGGAACCGAUGACGGUGUCUUCCAUCUCCAUGGCAUUCUUCGCGGCAACGACCCUGCUAUGGAUGGGGGAUUAUGUUGCAAGUAGCCUUCUAAAGAGCCCAUCUUCGCAAAUCCCCGUCGUAACCCUCCUCGCUGUGGUCUUGGCCGGAAUCGUGGCCCCGCGAUUGCCAACCCGUGAAACUGACGGUAGCAUCUCCAGCUCCACCGCCGGUGGACCGAUGUCGGAACCAAAAUUCCCGCUGUUCCCCUCCUCCGCCUCGAAACGAGCGCUCCGGAGCACCUGCGACACGCUUGGAACAUUCUGCCUCUACUUAUUCUUCACCACGGCCGGCGCCCCGGGAAUCAAGGUGGCCAAGUCCAUGACGUCGGCCCUGGUUCCGCUGUCGCUCUUUUCCAUCCUGUUGUACGCGGUUCACGGAGGUAUUCUGUCGGCCCUCUAUCAGCUGGGGCACGAGCAGAGCCGGUUCCGCAGAAAGAGGCAACAGCGCCGAGAAGGCCAGCUAAGGCCAACAAGGGGAUGGCUCAGCACGGUACUUUCCCCACAGCGGCUACUGGUGGCCUCGAGUAGCGCCAUAGGUGGCCCGCCCACGUCCGUCGCGUUGGCGCGGUCCGUGAGCUGGGAUUCUCUGGUGGUCCCGGCCCUGCUUGUCGGCAACAUCGGGUACGCCGUCUCCACGUUCAUCGGUAUUGCCUUUUAUUAUUGUCUCAAAAGCACGGUGCUGUAAUAUAGCGAUCUUAGAAUAGUACUGUUUCUUGCAAUGAUAUCAUUUAGAAAGAAAAAUCUAUUCGAGUA